AUGCCUCCUCCGUCCCAGUCGCUGCCAGACCAUGCGCCCAGCCCCUCGCCUAAUUUCACGUCCCGAACCGUGACGCGACUUGACGAGGAAAACGAAGAGUACGAUAGCUAUGAAGAUUUGGGCAAGACACUAAGGCCACUUGCCUUUGAAUUUCCUCCGAACCGCCGCCUCGUUACCCAUUCACGAGACUCGUCCAUCGAAAAGAUCACUGCCCAGCUACCACUCUCGUCGCCACAAACGCAACAACCCGCCGGGCCCUCCUCCUCGGCGGCCUCCUCCGUUGUCUCUCCACGAGCCCAUGCUUCUGCCGUGCGAUCGGCUACCGGCAUUGGAGGCAUAAUCGAGAGGGCCAUUGAUCCGAAAGCUGCCGCAUACGGCCACCACCGCCAGACCUCGAUAGUCCACGGUAUACAACAUUCUAGGAAUGGAAGCCACGCCAGCUCUGUGUCAAGCCCACUGAGCCCCCAGAUUAUUGCCGCUGCGGGUGCGUCAUUAACUCUAGACCGGCCCGAUAUGCAUGCGUAUGCCGUUUCGACGUCCGAUAUCGACUCGUCGUUGGGUUCGAGGCCCCCGACUGCCGCAUCGACCGGGUCCACUCUAGUGAACAGUCCCGUCGGCACCGAGAGAUCGUCGACUGCCACGGAUACUACUGGUCAUGCGCCUACGCCAAGACGAAUGCACAGCGGCAAGACGAGGAGGGAUCACGCUCCAAAUCCGUCCCACUCGUCAAGGCACCACAAAGAGGAGCAAAAGACUGUAGGGGGUUACGCUAUGCAUGUGCUGUUCACUUCUUUCAUUGCACACGCGGAAGAGAAACUGAACGAAUGCAUCACACCGCCGCCCGAGCCCGAGCCCCAGGUUGAACAAAUAUGCGGACCUGGGGCCGACGAAUCCUUUGAUCGGCUGAUCGCUGCGUUGGGCCACAUCGCCCGACAGAAGCCAAAACCUUUGAUCGACUCGAUGAUGUUAUGGAGGAAGAGCAAAAGCGAUGCGGCGAGCGAGGCGCGCAAGCAGCUGCAAAUGUCCAAAGCCGUACCGCCUAGUGGUCCUCUCUUGAGGAGAAACACAGAGCCACUGCAGCUGAUGUCAGGCACUAAUCCUCAAGAUCAGAACGGCUCCAUGUCACCAUCGCCUCUCGCGGCGAAGCAGGAAUAUGUUGUGCAAACAGAAAGACGGUCAAGCGUCUCCACAUAUCUGCUCUGCCGUGUUCUCCUCGAGGUGAUCAGCCAAAGCAGCUUGAGUCUGAUCACCCCUGAAAUGGAAGACAAGCUGGAAGACAUUAUCUUCAGUCAACUCAAAGUUGCCGAUCCUGAGCAGCUUAUAGAAUCUCCUCUCAAGCUUGCAAACUGGAACAUUUUCGCCCAACUUCUCGGCGUCAUGAGCGAAAUAAACUUCACAAGCGUGACAAAUCGCUUCAUCCAGGAUCUGGAACGUUCCCUGCAGGAACUUGGAUCGAGAGGAUCCGCCUUGCCCUCGCGCGAGGAGACAGAGGGAAGGAUAGAGCUCGUCCUCGGGGGGAUGAAGCAUUUGAGGCUUGCGUUGACGCCCGACGAUGCCUGGGAAAGGUCAUGCGAAUUUAUGAGCGCGCUUGGCAGGUUGUUUGCAAGGUCGCAUGGCCAAAAGAUUAAGUCAUCCUUCUGCCAAGUCUUGGAGAUGCUCUUGCUGCCCAUUGCCGGCAAGGCAACAAAUAGCCAGUUCACCAAACCCCAAUGGGCCGAGGUCUUGAGCAACACUGGUCCCCGACUCGCGCAAAUGUUUGUCAAGCCACGCCAUUGGUACUGCUCUUUCCCCCUGACGGCAACGAUGCUCUGUGUCUCGUCGCCCGAGACGUUCUCUAGCCAGUGGCUCCAGUUGGUAUACCCGCUGCAACCGAAGCUCAAAGACCGAUUCUCCAAGCCACUAUGUCUGCAGGUCGUGUCCAGACUUGUUUGGACGUAUCUCUACCGCACCAAUGAAUCCCCAGCCUCAACCGUACGCAAGUUGGAUGAGGUCCUUAAGCUGGUGCUCCCAACUGCAAAACGCACAAUCAACUCUGCGGACCCAACUGUGUCCGAGCCCCUAAUACAGAUCAUCAGAAUCAUCGGCUUCAAGCUACCAGAGUUCUGUUUCAAAACAAUAAUAUUUCCUCUAAUAAACGCAGACCUUUUCGCAACCAACAGGGAGCUCAAGGUGGAUAGCUUGGAACCAGACAAGGUUGUCAUCGGAAUCCGAGCAUUUUUGGCCGUGAUGGCGGAUCUCGAGAAGGGAGACCAGGGAAGGCCACCGUUCCCUCAACAGUACCCGAUACCAUCGGUGCCUGAACGUGCCCCGCAAACACCGACAGUCAACGGCUCGUCAAGCCCACUGACUCCUGGAGGUUCCCUAGAUGGAGUGGAGGACGAGGGUCUUGCGCGCCGCGUGCUGACUUCUACCCUUAGCGAAUCUGUGAAGGAGUAUUACACCAGGUUUUGCCAAAUCUUGGGCAAGAUUACUAUAAUGUGCGACAACACCUUUGGAGGUCAGGCCGCCCUUGACGAAAAGUUCAAUUCGCCUACCCCUAAAACGCCUAUCGCGGACACCUUCAACUUCCGCCGCGACGAGCACCAAAACCCCACAGAUCAGAAGCAAGCCUUCUACGAGCUGCUACACGUGGCCGUUCAGGCGUUGCCCCGCUGUCUGUCUCCCGACAUCCCCUUCAACUCACUGAUUAAUCUGUUGUGCACUGGAACUGCCCAUGUACAAUCCAACAUUGCAGAGUCAUCGGCUCUAUCCCUGAAGGCCAUAGCUCGCCAGUCACAUGCCCAACAAGUCACGAUGGGGUUCUCUCGGUUUAUCUUCAAUUUCGACGAUCGAUACUCUACCAUGUCUGACGGCGGCAUGUUGGGGGCUGCACACAUUGAGAACACUCUGAGAUUAUACGUCGAGUUGUUGCACAUAUGGAUUGAGGAGAUUCGACACAAGACGAAAGAAGCAACGGGCUCAGUUGGGGACACAAAUGCCUCCGACAAGAGAGGCAUGAAAUUAGACUUGUCCAGCAUAUGGGCUGAAGUUGAUCAAGCAGAGGCGCAUGGACUUUUCUUCCUCUGCUCGCAAUCGCGCAGAGUCCGGUAUUUCGCCAUAACAGUGCUUCGUCUCAUCAAGGAGUUUGACAUAGCCCUUGGGAAAGCGGAAAGUGACGAUGAGAAGGAAGCCGUGAGAUUGAUAGAUGUUCUGGAGAAAGACUACGUUCAGGUCAUGACUUUUAACGAUGACCAUCUGUCAGUCGCAGAGCGGAGCAGGUUGCAAAGAGGGAUGCAAGACAACAACAGCCAAGGCCUGAUUACUCUUUGUGCUAGCGACGUUUCCUACGACACCACUCUCUGGUUCAAGGUGUUCCCACAUCUUAUCAGGGUAGCUUAUGAUCGAUGCCCUUUCACCAUUACGAUCGGCCGAGACUUGAUUUGCAACAGGAUAUUGCAGAUGUACAAAGCUAUAACCAUCAUUUCUGAGCCCUCCAGAGGGCUCUACUACGGGUCAGAUCCCGGAAGCGCCCGUCUGACGGGGAGGACGCCGACGACACAGCCUGAGCUGUUGGUCGAGCAGUGGAAGCUUUAUCUUGUUUUUGCCUGCACUACAAUGGCGGAUCCUGGUAGCCCCCAACAGCCGAAGCCGCCGCCACCGCCCCAGGCAGCCCAGCACGGGCGAAAGGGCUCCAAUAACAAGUCUUUAUCAGCAGACAAGAUUGUUACGGCUCGUACUCUCUUCAAAUACCUGAACCCGCUUUUGUCUGUGAGCUCUGCCUCUGUCAGGGAGGCCGUCGUCGUGGCGAUGGGAUCGAUCAACAUCAAUAUCUACCGCACACUCCUGGAAGAGCUUCAGGGGCACGUCUCACGAUGUAAUGACGAAGCCAGGGCUCGCAUUCAUCAGCGUACCAACAGCAGUCCUCGUCGCAACCGCAGGAUGGAUUUGCUUAGGACCGAAAUAACCCACGUCUACAAGCUCACCUCUCACUUUCUCAAGGAUCCUUCGGUAAUCCAGGAUGACUGGAUAAUUAGUAACCUGGUUGCGUAUUCCAAGGACUUGAAAUUGUUCUUGAUGGAUGGAGAGGUUCAGAUGGACUGGGAGUUUCAAAAGUUGCGGCGUCACUACUGUGGCUUGGUGGAGGAGAUUUACGAAGGCAUCAAAAGGACCAAGGAUCCGUCCCGUUGGAUGACUUUCGAGGCUCGUAAAUCCGCGUUUGCACUGAUGGAAGAUUGGUGUGGGUUUUCCCCCAACCACAACCAAAUCCGACAUCGUGAAGACACCAUGCGGCAAUCCGUGAUAGAACAACAGUCUGCCGGGGAGCGCGGUACCCUGACUGCCGCAAUGGAGAUAGAGAAGAGAAACCUCAGGACAGCAGCACUUAGUGCAAUGGCAGCGCUUUGCGGGGGGCCCAUUAGUGUCACUACCGAAAGUGGCGUGUCCCUCCAGUUCGACCUCAGGCGGAUGCUCAACUGGAUCGAGUCAAUUUUUACCACUGGCAACGACCGCAUGAAAGUCACGGGUAGGCGAGCCCUGAAAAAUCUCCUCGUCCACAACCAGGAGUACCCGUACCUGCUGGAACACUGCAUCAUGCGUUGCUACCUGGCAAAUGUCCCCAAGGUACUAGAAAGCUACUUCAGCGUCACCACCGAGGUGCUCCUGGAGUAUCCCGAGUAUCCGGCGUCUUUCUGGAAGCUGCUGCCCUUGUGUCUCUUCACUCUUGGGAACGACCAGAGCGACAUACGGAUAAAAUCAGCUCGGAUCCUCAGGGCUCUUGAGGAACGGCAGCAGCCACCGCGGUCCUCCAAAAUCCAAGACUUUGAUAUCAGCAUCUCUGACAAGACCAAGGCAGUCUAUAAGCUUGCCCAGUAUAAGAUCUCGGAGCGUCUCUCCAAGCAGUACACGGAGUUGGCGUUUUACUUCUUCUCGCAGCUUUCGCUGUAUUUCAAAGACCUCGAAUCCGGAGCGCAAAGAAACAUGGUUGCUGUCAUCCUACCGUGGAUACAGUCAAUAGAGCUGAAGGUAGACCCCAACGGUGGGCCGGUCGCUCAAUCAUAUAUGCUCUUGGCCAACCUGCUGGAAAUUACUAUCAAGGCCAGCUCUGCUCUUCAUAACGAGGUGCAAGCUCUCUGGCAAGCGCUCGCAACUGGACCUCAUCCUGGCAAUGUGCGACUGGUUCUUGACUUCAUCAUGGCGCUCUGCUUGGAGCGUCGAGAGCAGAACUUUGUUGAAUAUGCCAAGCAGAUUGUUGUCUUUCUCGCCAGCUCCAACAGCAACCCCGGACAGAAAGUUGUCGAAUUCCUACUGUCGUUCAUCACACCCAAGAACAUGGUGCCGAACGAGAAGCGGGACACGCCCCCUCCACCGCCAGACGUCGGCUCUCUCCCAUACUGCGCGGACUUGUCCGAGGCUCUGCCUGUUGGUACAAAACAGGCUGGUUUCUCGACCGGUCAACUUUCGAUGAUAUUACUUGUAGACUUGAUGGUUUCACCUGUCAAGGUAGUGCCGGAUAAUGUGCCUGUGCUGCUCCAGGUGGUGGUUGUCCUUUGGGACCACUACACGCCUUUGGUUCAUGAGCAAGCUCGCGAGAUGCUCGUUCAUUUGAUUCAUGAGCUUGUCAUAUCCAAGCUAGACGAUGCGACCCCGCCGUCAAAAAAGAAGUCGACUGAGGAUCUCAUUGACCUGAUUCGCCAACACGACAAGCUUGUAAUCUGGAACUAUGAGGAUAGCAAUGGCAAGGCCGACGACGAUGGGAGCAACGUCCCGCCCAGCAUGGAGUACCUCACUGCUGAAGUCGUCAACACUUUUGAAGUCACUUACCCAGGCAUCAAAGACCAGUGGGCUAGGUUGUCGUUGAUCUGGGCAACUUCCUGCCCGGUAAGGCAUCUGGCCUGCCGGUCGUUUCAAGUCUUCCGGUGUAUUCAGACGUCCAUUGACCAAUACAUGUUGGGCGACAUGCUCGUGAGGCUAUCCAACACCAUUGCGGACGAAGAUCCCGAGAUUCAAACAUUUUCCAUGGAGAUCCUUACGACUUUACAGACCAUAAUCUCGAGUCUCGAUGUCGACAAGCUCCUCACCUUUCCUCAAAUAUUUUGGACCACCUGUGCCUGCCUUGAAUCGAUCAACGAACAAGAGUUCCUUGGCGCCGUCAAGAUGCUCAACGAGUACCUAGAUAAGGUAGACAUGACGUCUCCUAGCGUGCGCAGGCUUCUGCUAGAAGGACGGCCCUCCAAAUGGGAUGGUCACUAUGAGGGCAUACAGCCACUCCUUUACAAAGGCCUACGAUCUGCGGUUUGCCUUGACGCUACACUGGCAACUCUCAAUAGGCUCGUGCCGCUGCCGAGCGACCCCUUGAUAGGAGACGACAGUCGUGUCUUUUUUACAAUCCUCGCCAACCUGCCCAUGUUCUUGCAUACGAUGGACCAGCCUCGGCCCCUGAGUGAGCCUGUUACUAAGACCAUCGGGGCGCUUCUAGAUGUUGCCAUCGCACAAGGACAUUCACCUGUGGCUCUCGUUCUGAAUGGCUUCCUGUCUGGGAAUUAUAGGAACGGCACUGAGCUUGUACAUGGCGUCUUUGCUGCCUUCAAGGAAACGUUUUCGACACAGCUCGAUUUCAGGAUGAUUACCAUGAUCAUGGGUUUUCUCACAAAUUGCACUCCAUGGGUCACGUCCAAAACACUGCAAAUCCUCAAGGUCAUCAUCUCGGAGAUUGACAUGAAGCGGCCAGACAUUAUAGGGCAUGGCUCGGAUCUGCUGUCUCCUCUUCUGAGGCUGUUGCAGACCGAGUACUGCAUGGAAGCUCUGGGUGUGCUGGACAACAUAAUGAACAUGUCGGGCUCAACAAUGGACAAACAGCACUUGCGCAUGAGCAUGACGCGGUCGACAUCCAAGGCUAUCAGGAAGGAAUACGAGCGGGUGCAAAGCCUAUUUGGCAUACCCGAGGAAUCAGGCUGGGCGAUUCCAAUGCCAGCCAAGAAGACAGACACCACCCGAGCAAACGUCCACGCCGCCUUUUACAUGUGCCAGGGAGCCGAGGGUAUCGUUACCGAUGUCAUGCCCACCCCUGAAGUCGAGUUUCACGCCGACGAAUUUCCCUACGGCUACUUCCCAACAUCCUAUGAACGGACCGAGACGAUGUUGUCGGACGAGGGUCGUGGGGACGGGAACGGGGGUGACGUGGUCACGAAGCUGGAUAGCCUCGAUGACUUCUUUGACGAUCUCACCAUGAGCCCACCCAGCGAAGCACACUCAUCGAAUACUAUAACCGAGUUUAUCCCAGAUAACAAUUUUGACAUGGAGGCCCAGCUAUAUGAUGAGCAGGUCCUCCCCAUCCUGCACCAAGCUUCAACCGCCAGCUCGUUUCAAAACGGCUUCGUCGAUAGGCCUGCACCAUUGUCGAGAGACGGUUACUCUAAUACAAUGACACCGGGAGCGUUCAGUUUUGACCAAGAAUUGACAUCGACCACACGCCCAGGGCUGCACUCCCGGAGUGUGACGUCCCCUUCGGCUCCAGCAUCAUAUCAGCCUCAUCUGGGAGAGGCCAUCGCAUCUGAUGAUGAGCUCUUUUCGGACGACGAGCGCUCUAACUCGGGAGGCGCACCGCCCGAGGGCUCUUUCUUCCUCGAGAACAUGGUCAAGCCCCUUACUCAAAACACUCGGACUCGCAUCAGACGCUUGACUGGCAGCAGGCCGAAAGAUGAGCGGCAGCAACAGCAACAUCUCGAUAUUUCCCGUCCCGACCGCCCAGGCCCUCCUCAGGUACCCAGGCUUCCCAGUUCCUACCUGCCAAAGGGGUCACCGCCUGGCGGUGGGGACAUGCUUUGA